AUGGAUUCAGAUUCAAUAUCUAUUUUAACCUCAAAGAUUCCAACAAAAAGGGAAGAAGAAUUACCAGAUUCAACCGACGCCCUUCUAUCUUCCUCAGAUUCACAACAGAAAUCUUCCACCAAAUCAGUUUUAUUCAUUUCUCUGGUUCUAUCCUCGUGUGUUGCUCUGUCUGCUGCCACUGCCUUUGCCUUUUUAUUCUUCUCCUCUUCAUCAUCUGGCAAUUCCGAAUCCAUUAAUGAAGUCGCAAGGUCACUCACAAAGCUCAAACACCCAGUUGUUUUACUGAUUUCCUCGGAUGGUUUUCGAUUUGGAUACCAAUUCAAGACCAACACUUCUAACAUCAAUAGAUUGAUUAAGAAUGGGACUGAAGCAGAGUUAGGUUUGAUUCCUGUGUUUCCAACACUUACUUUCCCGAAUCAUUACUCAAUUGUCACUGGAUUGUAUCCUGCUUAUCAUGGAAUAAUUAAUAAUUAUUUUACUGAUCCCGAUACCAACGAGGUCUUCACUAUGCGCAGUCACGAGCCCAAAUGGUGGCUGGGUGAGCCAUUGUGGGAGACUGUGGUAAAUCAGGGCUUGAAAGCGUCGACUUACUUCUGGCCUGGUUCUGAGGUACAUAAAGGUUCUUGGAAUUGUCCAAAGGAUUAUUGUAUGUUUUAUAAUAGUUCUGUGCCAUUUGAGGAGAGAGUUGAUACUGUUUUGAAGUACUUUGAUUUGCCUAGUAGCGAUAUUCCUUCGUUUAUGACUCUGUACUUUGAGGACCCUGACCAUCAGGGUCACCAGGUUGGGCCUGAUGAUCCUCAAAUUACUGAAGCGGUUGCUCAUAUAGAUGAAAUGAUUGGGAAGUUGAUUCGAGGUUUGGAAGAAAGGGGGGUAUUUGAGGAUGUGACUAUCAUUAUGGUGGGUGAUCAUGGGAUGGUUGGUACAUGCGAUAAAAAGUUGAUUUUUCUGGAUGAUUUGACCUCAUGGAUUGAAAUACCAACGGAAUGGGUACAAUAUUACACUCCAUUGCUUGCAAUUCGUCCACCAUCUGGUUAUUCACCAAAGGAUGUUGUGGCUAAGAUGAAUGAAGGUUUAAAGUCAGGGAAAGUAGACAAUGGUCAAUAUUUGAGUAUUUAUCUGAAGGAGGAGCUGCCUAGUAGGCUGCAUUAUGCAGCCAGUGAUCGAAUCCCACCAAUUAUAGGUUUAGUCCAGGAAGGAUAUAAAGUGGAACAGAAAAGAUCAACAAGACAAGAAUGUGGAGGAGCACAUGGAUAUGACAAUGCAUUUUUCUCAAUGAGGACCAUAUUUAUUGCUCACGGACCUCAGUUUGCUCGGGGCAAGAAAGUCCCAUCAUUUGAAAACAUUCAGAUAUACAACUUGGUUACAACAAUCCUGAACAUUCAAGGAGCUGCUAAUAAUGGGACGGCAUCGUUUCCUCAGAUUGGUGCAUUUCUUUAUGAGGGGGUUGAAUCGACUCAACAAGUAUAG